GAGAAUAGCGCCACCUAGAGUCUAGGUCACCGCUGACGUUGCAUUUAAGAUGGCGGCCUGUGCACAGCUGUUGCGAGUGUAGGUUGAUAGAUACGAAAUAAUCCGGAACGCACAGAUUUGCCACAUGGAACGCGAUUAUAUGGUUGACACGGAAACUGAUCUAUGAAAUCAUUCUAGCUACAAAAAUAAGCCGAAGGCAUGUGGAACAGGCUGUCUAACUUGGCACAGACGGUUCAAGGUGCUGUUGUUGUGGAUCAAGGCACCGAUCAGAUGGAACAAGGUUUACCUGAGACGACUGAGGAAGACAUCACGAUGGAUGACGCUAGUUUUAUAUCGACAUCUGAAACCAACGAUGAGUUGCAUCCACAAGAACAAUUGCUGGCUCAACUCAAAGAUAUGAUACGUGAAAAAGACAAAGAACUCAGUGAAAAAGAAAAACAAAUACAGGAACACAAUGGAAAAUUGUCCAAGUUCAAGUUACAAGCGAAAGCCAAGAUUUCGUCUCUGACCUCUCAGUUGGAAGAACUAAAGAAAGAUAAACCUGACGGGGGCAACGGUGCUAGUGGGGCUGAAGGAGACACAAAAGAAGAAUCGGCAAACAGAGGGAAACUACUUGUGAUGAAGAAAAAACUAGAUGACAAAGAGCAGAUGUUGAAAAAAAAAGAUCAGCACAUAAAAAAAAUUGAAAAAGAGUUGGGACGAUUGAAAAGUAACAAUGGUCAUGCGGAGGAGAUGGAGAAGAAGUUUGAAGAGCAGAUGAUGGUGAUAAAAGAACUGGAGGAGAAAGAGCGGCUUCUGAUUGGGGAACUUGGAGAGAAAGAUAAAGUGAUUGAAAAGCGAGAAGCUGUUAUUGAAGCGAUGCGGAGUGGCGGUCUUACAACGAGCGAGAUCUCAGCUGAGUCCACCCAGCUGCAGGACAUGUAUGCCCAGAUGGUUUAUAAGGAUAAAAUGGUGGUGGAGUUAAACAAUAAAAUGCUUGAAAAUGACCAGCUGAUAUCGGAGCUGCGGGAUCAUGUCAAGGACAAAAAUGAAGUCAUAGACAGUAGAGAUAAGGUUAUCAAGGUGCUACAGAACGAGUUGAGUCAAAAAGAUUCGACAAUUCAUAAUCAAACUGCGGCCGUAGAAAAGCUCAGCCACACAGUCGAAAUCGGAGAAGAACGUCGCAGUCACUUCCAGGAGCAGCUGGAAAUUAAGGAGAAUGAACUCCGCCAGGAACAGGAAAACAAUCAUAAAAAACUUGAAGACUUUGAAAAAUAUUACAAAGAAAAACUGAAUGAAGUUGAACUGAUGUUAAAAAACAGGGAGGAAAAAAUUGCUCUGUUGAUAGCAGAACACGAAAAGGAGUUGUUGAACUUAGCGUCAAAAACUGAUUCUAAUUUACAAGAAGAAGCUGUCAAGACGCUUCAGCAAAAGAUGCAUGAACGAGAGGAAGUCUUAAGUGGUAAGCUGAAAGUGAUCGAAGUCCUACAAGCUGAGAUUGCAGACAGGGAACGACAGUUACUGGAGCAAAAAUCAUCUAUAAGGUCGCUAACCGAAAAGCUGCAGAUGACAGAAGGGUAUUUACAACAGUGGCAGGAAGCCUAUCCUGUAAAAGAAGCCGAAUGGAAAACGGCCAUCUCAGACGUGAAGGAAAAGUAUGAAAAUGAACUAUCUGAAAAACUGAACACCAUCAGUGCUUUACAAACCUCAACCGCCCAGUAUGAAAAUGAUUUCACUGCGUUAAACGAAGCCCAUUCAUCUAUUCAAAAAAGGUACAGAGAAUUAGAAUCACUUUUACACCAAACUCAGGGUGAGCUUGACCAAUCAAAACAACGCUUGAUUGAACUGGACAGUGCCUCGGAAUCGCAACACCAUGUACAAUCGGAAGAGCUUGAUAAACUCAGGACAGAACUGAAAGAGAAAGAGCAAACCAUCAAGGACCUGUCAAAGUCAUUGAAGGAGACUGAGACAAAAGUACUGAAAGCAAAAGCUCAUUCCAAGAAAAGGAUGAGAAAUCUGGAAACUGAGUUGGAACAGUUGAAACAGUCUGACUCACUAGCUGAGGAGGUGAGUGGACUGCAACAUCAGAUUGCUGAACUCGAAGAUGAGAAGGGACAGUUGCAGUUAAAGCUUGUUGAUUUCGAUGAAAUGAACAUUAAGUUAGUUGAAUUGCAAGAUACUAUUGACCUGCUAACACAGGAAAAACAAGAAUUGAUACAAAGUGUGUCAGAGUUGAAACAAGAGAAAGAGAAUAACGAUGCAACAAUACAUGAACUUGAAGACCGGAUUAGAAUGAUGGAAGCAACAUUCAGCCAAUCAGAAGAAGAUCAGAAACUUGAACAUGAAGCACGGAUACAUGAGAUGAAGUCCAUGAUGGAGCAGUUGCGAGAAGAAAAGGACACCGAAAGGAAAGCUCGUGUAAGUUUCGAGGCCAGAAUUCUGGAGCUUGAAGAGAUACAAAGAAGGAAUGAGUUCUCACUUGAAUCUCAGAACCAAACCAUCACUGCUAUGAAGGACAAUCUGGAAAAAUUAUCAGAGAUGUUGAAAGAGGUUCAAGAGACAAACACUUGUAUUGAACAAGACAAGGUGACUUUAGAACUGAGACUGGUACAGAUUGAAGAGGAGAAAGAUGGUUUAGAGAGAGAGAAACACGAGUUAAAGGAAGAGGUCCAGUCACUGAACAGCAAGAUAGAAAAUGAACACCGUCCAUUGUUUGAGAUUGAAAAUGAAAGAAAACAAUACAUGAAUGAGAUUACUUCACUUCAACAGGGGCUCAAUGACAUUCAACAAAGUCACCAGCAGAAAGAGGAACUUCUGAGACAGAAAGAAGAAAGAAUUGAAGAACUUUUGAGCAAUAAAAUUGAAAUUGAGAAUAGUUUGAGGGAAAGAAAACAGGAAGUGGAUAACUUGCAGACUGCUGUUAUCACACAGAACGAAACAGCUGAAAGUACAGCAUCAGAGGUAGAUAUUUUGAAAAAGACACUUCAAGAACUGGAAAGACACAAAGCCACAAAUGAAGAACAGUUAGCAAAACUUGGGCAAGAGCUUUCAGAUAUAACGACAGAAAAAGGACAUUUAGAUGAAAAGCUGGUGGAAAAACAACACAUAUUGGUAGAUACUGCCGAAAAACUCAGACAAAGAGAAAUGGAAGCAACUACUUGGGCGGAAAACUUUGCAGGCAAAGAAACUGAAGUAGCAGAGCUGCAAGUACAGUUAGGGAGUGUCCAAGAGAAAGUGAAGAACAUGAACACGCACAUUUUAGAAUUGGAAAAUGCAUUGGACACUUUGCAGUCUGAGUUGGAUGAAGCCAACAAGUCAAUUGAAGAUGAGAGGAAUAGAUUUAACGGAGAUAAAUCAGAGUAUGAAAGAAUUAUAGAGCAGCAAAAUAAAGACAUUGAAGAACUACAUCUAGCAAGAAAAAAUGAUAGUAAUGCUGCAGAUGAAUUAAAAGAAAAUGUUAGACUAUUGGAAAGUGAAGUUCAGAAGCAGAAGAACCAAUUUGAAAAGAAGGUUCAGGACAUACAGCAUCUGAGUCAGGAAUUCCAGGAGUUGGAGCUGAAAAUGAGUAGUACCAAUCGUGAGAUUGAAGUCCUUCAAGAAAGUCAGUCUGUCGAAGGUGUAAAAGUUGAAUCGAAAAUCACUUCACUAUUGGAGCAAAUCAGUGAUAUAGAAAAAGAGUUGAUGCAACAGCAGAACCGAAAUCAUGAUCAGGAGCAAGUCAUAGCUAAGUUGAACACUGACCAUGAGAAGUUGCAACAGCAGCUGCAUGAGAGAGAUACCCAGUUGAAAGGUGUUCAAGAACAGCUCAUUCAUACGCUGCAACUUGUUCAAGACAAAGAAACAGGUUACCAGGAGCAGUUGAAAACUGCCAAAGAAGAGUAUCAGAGUUUAGAAGAUAAUAACAAAGAACAUGUGAAUAAUCUUGCCAGUGAAAUUGGCACGUUAACAGCAGGAUGUGAGAAUCUGCAAAUACGACUGGAAGAAAUGCAGAUGGAACAUGCGAAAAAAGAAGAUGCUUCAAUGCAGGAAAUUAAUCAGCUGCAACAGAAACUGAAACAGGAACAGGAAAAACAUCAGGCGAUGCUGAACCGUUCAUCGACUCAGUUACUUAGCCUUCAAGAUGAUUUAACAAGUGUGAGCAAGCAGUUAGAUGAUGAAAGGAAACACUUCAAUAACAAAGAAGGGAACCUGUUGUCAGAGCUUGACAGUUUGCAAGAAAAAUUGUCUAUGUCACAGAAAGAUUUAGAUUUGUUGCAACAAAAGCUGGUUGAAACAGAUUCAAACUCAGCAGAAAAAAUAUCAGAGUUGGAACAACAAGUUUCAGAGAAAGAAAAAAGAUCACUGCUUCAACAGGAAGAGAAUAAUGAAAGUAUUACAAAACUUAAUUCAGAGAUGGAAAAGCUGCAGCAACAAUUUCAAGAGGAGCGCAGCCAGCUUCACUCACAGGAAAGGGAAACUAAGCGAUUGCAGCAUGAUUUACAGGAAAAAGAAACCUUAUUGCAAUCACAAGAAAAAGGUGUUGAAGAAUUGCAGUUACGAAUUCAAGAGAAGGAGAACCAGUUGCAAUGUGAAAGGGAAGAAGUUGCACUCUUGCACCAAAACCUGGAAGAAAAAGAGGAAGUUUUGCUGUCACAGAGGGAGGAAGUGGACACACUGCACAGAGAAAUUCUAGAGAAGGAAAGUAUGCUGCAAUCACAAAAGGGAGAAAUAGCAAAAUUGCAGCAACAACUGAUUGAAAAAGAAAACAUGCUGUGUCUGCAGCAGGAAAAAAUAGAACAACUGCAGAGUCAGCUGCAAGAAAAAGUCACCCUCCUGCAGUCACAGGAAGAUGAGGUACAUCGCAUGCAGUUGGAGCUCCAAGAAGAACAAAAUAUGCUUCAGUUGCAGAAGGAAGAGAUAGAAAAUGUUCAGAAGAAGUUGAUAGAAAAAGAAAGUCUUUUGGAAGCUGGAAAACACUGUAUAGAAAAUCUUGAACACCAGUUGCAAGAGAAAGACAAUAUGUUGCACUCACAAAAAAAUGAGAUGGAUGUUGUGUUGCAGGAAAAAUUAGCUGAGCUGUCAACUCUUCAAAAAGAAAUUGUGAUGCAGCAAAGUUUGGUCGAUGAGAAAAAUAAAGAUAUUGACACAUUAAGAAAAAGGGCUGAAGAUUUGGAAGACACUAUUCUGUCAGCUGAUGACAGCAACAGUACUCUUCAAACUCAAAUUCAGACUUUACGAGAAGAAAGAAAUGAAAGCUUCUCAAAGUCAAAGCAGUUAGAUGCUAACUUGCAAGAAUUGCAGCAGCAACUAACGAUGGUCCAAAAAGAACUUUCAGUAGCACAAAAUGAAAUUUCAUCAUUGCAGAGUCAGUUAGAGAAAAGUGAAAACUGUGUUCUAAUGUUAAAUAACUCAAUUGCCGAAAAAGAAGAAGACAUGACAAGAUUUAAACAGGAACGUGAUGCUCAUGAUAUCAAAGUUGCAGAAGAUAUGCAGAAUUUGCUAGAUGAAAAUUUGAAAAAACAUCAAGAGUUACAGAAUGAGCUUGAGAAUCAAACUCAGUUUAUGUUACAAGAAAAUGCAACAACGGAAGAACGACACAAGCAACAGUUAUGUGAAAUUGCCUCAUUGAAAAAGACAUCAGCAGAGAUGUGUACUGAAAAAGAGAUUCUUCAGAAAACUGUUGAAGAUAAUUUGCAGAAAAUUUAUCAACUCCAAGGAGAGGUGAAAGAAAAAGAGGAAGAGCUGGGUCAGAUCACAGUGUUGACACAUCAAUUGCAAGCACAGAAUCAAGACAUGGAAGCCGCAAAUAGUCAGAUAAAAUCUCACUUUAAUCAACUAGAAGAUUUGAAACUACAGACUGAAGAGCGUGCCAAGAAUGUCGCUUCAGAGCUGACACAAGCCACAGCAAAAGUUAACCUGCUAGAAGAACAUCUCCUCGAGCAGCAACAGAUGUUUGAGAACACCAUUGGAGAAAUGCGCAACCAACUGAUGGAUGAGAAAGUUAACAUAGAGGAGAAAGAGAAAGAGGUGGAUAAGGUGCAUAAUCAGCUGAUGGCAGUGAUGGUGGAGAAAGAUUCAUUAAAUACUGUUAUCAAAGAGAAGAAUGAUACAGUUGAGGAAAUAAGAAAUCAAUUAAAGGCUUUGAUAACUGAAAAAGAAAAUUUGAGUGCUAUUUUGGAAGAGAAAGUACAGGAAAUAGAACAUAAACAUAAUGAAGUGUUGUCAGCUACUUCUGAAAAGGAAUCUCUGAUUGUGACAAUACAAGAGAAAAACGAAGUCAUAAAACAAAUGAAUAAACUUAUUGAGGAGAAAGAAUACACUAUAGAGCAAUUGAAAAAGCAACUAGAAUUCCUAGAGUCGGAGAAAGAAGGGCUGGAAAGAAGUGUUGAUGAAAAAGAACAACUCAUAGAUCAAAUGCAGAAUCAGUUAAUUUCUUCAGUGGCAGAGAAGGAAAAUAUGCAUAUCAUGAUUGAAGAGAAGCAGAAAAUGAUUGCUUUGAUUGAAACAAAUGCUCAUGAAUGUGAAUCUAAUUUAAAUGAUAAGUGUAAACAACUUACAAAUGAGUUGACUGGUACUAAUGCCAUGCUCCAAGAAGUUAGUAAUGGUAAAGAGAAUCUGGAGGUACAACUUCAAGAGAUGCAAAACUCUGUUGAAGACUUUAGAAGGAGGCUGCAGAGCAAUGUUAAUGAGUUGGAGGAAAGAACAUCACAGUUGAACCAACAAAUACAGAUUAAUCAAGAUUUGGCUGCACAGAUUGAGAGACAAGAAAAUGAUAUAAAAAAUCAUAAAGAAGCUGCCAGUCAAAUGUUGAAUCAAAUUGAAACAUUGAAUCAAGAUAUUGCAAUUAAUAAUGAGAAGAAACAGUCCCUGGCGAGGGAUGUUGAAAGCUUCACUUUCCAACUGCAGGAAAAGAACAAAGUUAUUGAAAUGCUGUCACAUGAAGGUUCAGAGAAAGAAUCCCUUUUGAAUAAUGAGCUAAGUAUAGCACAAGCUAAGGCUGCUCAGCUGGAUAAAGAUCUUGCUGCAACAACAGAAAUGAUGAUGAACAAAAUGGAAGUGAUUCAACAACUUGAGGAAGAAAUUCGUGGAAAAGAAAGAAAGAUGAUUGAGCUUGAAGACAUUUUACAGAAGAAGAAUGAAGAAUGUGACAGAAUAGAGACAAAUCUAAAACAAGCAAACUUAGAUCAUGAAAAUACUGUCUUACGUCUCAAUACUGAGAUCACAGAGAAGACCACUAUGGUAGAACAACAGCAAGGUCAAAUUGAAUCAUUGGUGAAGGAGAUUGAUGAAAUACAGAAUAUGUUACAAGAAGAAGAAAAUACAAAACAAACUGAAAUCCACAGUCUUAAUGAGGAACUGCAGGUCUCUAUGUCUGCCAUUCAGACCCUGAAAUCAGAAGCUACUGAAAAACAAAACAUAGUGAUUGCUAUAGAAAAACAAUUCCAAGAAAGGGAAGAGCAUUUUCAGUCUGAAAUGAUGGCACAUGAGACAAAAAUUGUGGAGUACGAACAUGAACUGACUGAGUUAAGGGAGGGUCUUUCAAUAAAGGAAAAUGAAAAGUGUCAAUUUGAACAUCAGUUGUCUGAAUCUCAGAAAGAGAUAGGAAAACUAGAGGAAGAUUUACGUGAAGAAAAACAUCACACAAGUAAACUUGAUGAUGAACUGAAACAUGAAUUAGCUGCUACACAGCAGUCUUCAGACCAUCAACAGAGUGAACAAAGUGGACAUGUUGCAAGACUUGUUGAAGAAUUGUCACAGUUGCGAGAGAGCACAGCCAAAGAUAUCAGUCAGUAUGAUGAACAAGUAGCAAAAUUGUCUGAACAGCUGUCGGCCACACAGGAAAGAUUGCAGGAAAAAGAAGAUUAUUACACUGAGCAAGUCAUUAGGUUAACAGAGGAAUUGACAGGCAUGAAUGAACAGGCCAAAAAGCAGCAAGAUACAUAUGUGGAACAGAUUGCUGAACUGACUAAAGAAUUGUCAGUUGUCAGGGAAAAGGCACAUGAAGAGCAGAAGCAACACACUCAACAUAAUACAAAUCUAGUAGAGGAAUUAAAGAUUGCUCAGCAAAACACCGAACAAGUUCAAGAUAUGUAUGCACAACAAAUAGCAAAGCUCACACAAGACUUGGCAGGUACACAGGAUGAUACAAAGAAGCAGCACGAAAAUUACAUUGCUCAGAUUGAAAAACUAAACCAAUCCUUAGCUGAACGUGAACACAUUAUAGAAAAUAUUCAACAACAGUCUAGCAGCUCCCAACAGAGUUUAUUAGAGGUACAUAAGCAAGAAAUUGUGAAACUACAAGAAGAGGUUUCUGAAACACGUCAUACUUUGUCAGGUAUUACACAAGAGUUGCAAGAAGGUCAAGAACGGCUGAUACAUGAAAUUGAUGCAAAGUUUCAGCUACAGGAGGAGUUGGGGAGAGUGGAAGCUGAGAAAGCCAAUUUGGAGUCCAAUACAAUGGAACUUCAAGAGAGUAUUACACUCUUACAUUCAAAACUGGAGGAAAUUCAGACACACUUGCAUGAUAAGAAUGAGAUUAUUGAGGAUUUGACACAAAAAGUAAUCGAUAAUGAAAUACAAUUUGUACAAGAAAUUGAAAAUUUGAAGAAGAAUUUGAAUGAUAAGGAAGUUGAGCUGAAAAGAAGCUCAGACGAAGAGAACAAUCUUGCUCAGAGAGUGAAUGAGCUCAACAAGAUUAUAGAAGAGAAAGACCAGUGCAUAAAGAAACUUGAAGUAGUAUUAGAAGACAACGAAAAUAUGAUGGAAAGUUUGUCAGUUCAGCUGCAUGAGAAAGACAAGAAAUUGAAGGAAUUGAUUGAGAAACAAGAACAAGAAUUGCAAGAUUUUCAAGAUGCUGCUGCUGUGAAGAAGAAACAAUUGGAAGAUCAGCUGCAACAAUAUGAGGAAAAGGAAUUGACUCAUGCCUCCCUGCAGGAGAAAUUAGACUGUGUUGAACAGUAUAACCAGCAACUUCGUGAUGAACUGCAGACUAAACACUUCACUGUUGAAAAGUUACAACACAACUUUCAAGAAUCAGAAACUAGUUGGCAGAAGGAAAUGCAGAAGGCAGAAAAAGAACAUAGCUACAAGGAAACAAUAAUACAGCAAGAACUGAAAACUUUACAAGAAAAACACAAAAGUCUGAAUGAAACUAUGCAAUCCAAAAACCAGCUGCUGGAAACAUUGGAACAUGAACUACAACAAACAAAGGAAGCCAUGGAAAGUUUAAAACAGCAACAAGCUGACCAGGAUGAGAUCAUCAAAAAUGAAAAAGAAGACCUGAAAAUGAUCCAACAAAAUUUGUCAGAGAAAGAAACACUCUGUGACGAACUUACAAACCAAAUACAAAUGCUGGAAAGUGAGCAGAGUAAAGAGACACAGAGUUAUCGAGAAGCUUAUGAGAAUAGUUUUAGUAAGAUAGAGGAGAUGGAAAUGCAAGUACAAGCAAAAAAUGAAAUGAUAGAGAUACUCAAAGAACAGUUAACAGAAAAGGAAACUGAUUUGGUCACAUUAGGAACUAGCUUUACUGAAAAAGAUAGUAAAGUUGAAGAAUUGACUCAUAGUUUCAGUGCGUUACAGGCGACUUUGGAUGAGGAAAAGGAGAAACAUGGCAUUGAAAUUGAAAAUAUUAGGAAACGCUAUGCAAAGCUGCUAGAGAAGGCCAAGGAGCUUAAGGCGAAACUUGAAUUAAGUUCACGGGAAAAGAAUGCACUAAAUGAUGAAAUUGAGAGUUUGAAGAAAAUGCAAGGCACAGAAGACGAGGUUCAUAUACAUCUGAAACAGGAAGUUGAGUCAUUAAGAAAAGAAGUAUGGGAAAAAAAUGAAAAGGUGCUCAGUUUGAAGGAUAAUGUUUCCAAGUUUGAAAAUGAAAUUAUUAAGCAAAAGGAGUUUGCGGAGUUGAAGGAACAAGAGGCUUCAAAGUAUCAAGACAACUUAGAAAAAUUAAAUGAACAAAUUGUUAUUUUGCAGAACAACAUCAGUUCGCAGACUGAAAGAGCUGAUAUAAGUGACAAAAAAGUUAUUAAGCAACAGGAAGUAAUCAAAGAACAGAGUGAAAGUAUUUCCAAACUACAAAAAGGGUUUGUACUUUUAAAAGAAAAGGUGAAGUCUCAAAGAAGUGAAAUCCAAGAGUUGAAAGAAACAUUGAAAAUGCAAGUAGAGAAGAUAGAAGAACUACAGCAAGAGCUGGAUAAUGAAAGAGAAAUUGUAAAAAAAGUGAGUGAUGAUCUCAAAGAGCAUGUUGCUAUAAAGGAAGAGUUAGAACAAACCAAACAGUAUAUUCAAGAGAAGGACGAUCAGAUGAAAUGUAUACAACAAGAGAAAGAUGCUGUAACAGGAGAGUUAGAGGCCAUACAGAUAAAACUACACAACUCUGAGGAUUGUGCUUCAAGGUUUGAGAAACAAUAUAAGGAUGUGAUAAAAAACAUAGAUGAAGUCCAAAGUCAACUUCAAGGUGCAGAUAAAAGCAAGAGCAGAGACCAUGAACAUUUAGUUGAGAACAUUGCAACACUUCGGGAGGAGAAAGAGAAGCUCGAACUGUUUCUUGAGGAACUACAGGAAAACCAUGAAAUGCUUCAACAUGAGAAAGAUAAUGUGGAUGAGGAGUUGAGGAAACUUGUGCAGGAAACAGAUCGGCAGAUUGUCGAGCUGGAGGCUACAAGAAGUGAGAAUGAACACAUGAAAACUAAUCUUGAAACACUUCAACGUGAGAAAGAUGUCAUGGACGAGGAGUUAAAGAAACUUGUGCAAGAAACAGAUCAACAGCAAGAAGAUCUUGAAGCUGCAAGGAAUGAAAGUGAACACUGGAAAACUGAGUUUGAGAAAAAGCAGGAAGAAUUUUUAGAGACACAUGAGGAAAUAACUCGAGUGAUGGGGGAAUUGGCAACUAUGCAGAUGGAGAAAGCAGAUGAAGAAGAACGCUUAAAAGCUAUCCAGUUGUCUAGUGCUUCUUCUAUGGAUAGUGUACAAGAGAUGACCAGACAGUUAAGUGACAUGACAGAGGCUAAACAAGAACUUGAACAAACUUUUAAUGCACAAAUUAAAGAAAGAACCAUGGAAUGUGAAAAUCUUAAAAAGAGUUUAGAGGAUGCCGAAAACAUUAUCUCUGAGUUGCAGACACAAAAAUCCGCUGUGAUGGAACAACUCAAAGAAAUUGAGUUGUCAAAUGCCUCUUCUACAGAAGGUCAACAAGAGAUGGUGAAACAGCUGGAGGAUGUGACAACAGCAAAACAAAACCUUGAAAUUGAAUCUUCAGCAACAAUAGAAAAACUUGAAAGUGCUUGUGAAGCAUUGAGGAAUGAUUUGGAAAGUGGGAAGUCUUAUAUAAAUCAGCUGAAGUCACAAGUUGAAGAGUUGCAGAAGGUAAAAGAUCAUCUGAAGCAACAAUUUGAUGAAACUCUUGCACGGUUAGAGACUGCACAACUUUCUGAAGAACAAUUUAAAAAUCAACUCGAAACAUUGACCAGAGAACGUGAUGAGUGGCAUACAACAAUGCAGGAAUUAAAAUAUGAAAUAGAGAAUCUUCGUCAAAAUAGUAGUGAAAGUGUUGUUGAAACAAUGGAUGUUAAAAAUGAACUAAAUGUUCUGAGAGAUAAACAUCGCCAAACAUCAGAUGAGUUAUUGGCUGUGAAAAAUGAACUUGAAGCUUUGAAAAGUGAGAAAUCCAAUGUUGCAGAAACAUUGAUAAAAGAACGUGAUGACUGGUAUACAAAAAUGCAGGAGUCAAAAUAUGAAAUAGAGAAUCUUCGUCAAAGUAGCAGUGACAUGGACACUGAGACAAGGAAUAUUAAAAAUGAACUGACACUUCUUGGAGAAAAACAUGAACAAACAUUGAAAGAAUUAGUGAUUGCAAAAAAUGAGGUUUCUUCUGUCACUGAAAAAUUUCAAAUUGUUGUGAAUGAAUGUGCAUCUGUUAAAGAUGAACUACUUUCUGUGCAGCAAAGCUGUCAAGACAAAGGACUGAAAAAUGAAUCUUUUAUGCAGGAGUUGACAACUUUGAAAGAUGAGCAUCAACAAGUUUGUGAAGAAAAUCAGAAACUGAAACAGAAAACUACUCUGUAUCAUACGCAUCUUGUGAAAAUGAAAAAUGAAUUGAAAGUUGGGAAAAAUGAAAACAAUCAACAACAAGCUGAACUCCAAAAAAUGAAAUCUCUUUUAGAGAGACAAAACACUGAAAUAAAAUCACAGUUAGAAAAAAUUCGUGAGGAUAUGGAGCAAAAGAAUAUUGACACAAGAGACAAGUAUGAGAAUGAAAUAGCUAGACUACGACAGGAGUUGUCAGACAAGGAUGUGGAGGUUGAACACUAUGAUGCUGAAAUAGCGGAAAUGAAAAAGGAUUUGACACUUAUUGAAAGUGAGAAACUUGAGUGUGUGAAUGAGACAGGUUCUCUACGGCGACAGUUGAGUGAUGUCGGGAGUGAUCGUGACACCAUUGCUUGGGAGUUGAGCAGUGUUAAAGAAGAGUUGGAUGAACUGAAGUUAGUUGAGGAGCAGAAUAGAACAUUAGAAAAAGAGUUAAAUGUUGUCAAAGAACAAAAUAAGGAACUUGAAAACAGAUUACAACAGGAGUUGUCAGACAAAGAUCUGAAGGUUGAACAUUAUGAUGCUGAAAUUGUGGAAUUGAAAAAAGAUUUGACACGAAUGGAAAGUGAAAAACUGGAAUGUGUAAAUGAGAUGCAUUCUCUGCGGCAGCAAUUGAGUGAAGUCGGUAGUCAUCGUGACACGAUUGCUUGGGAGUUGAGCAGUGUUAAAGAAGAGUUAGAUGAACUGAAGUUAUUAGAGGAGGAAAAACACACAUUAGAAAGAGACUUAAGUGUUGUCAAAGAACAGAACAAGGAACUUGAAAAGAAUGUUGCUAUAUUAAAAAGUGUGGAAGAAAAUCUGAUGGCUGAGCUCGAAAAACUCAAAAAUAUUUCACAGAAAAAUAAAACGACCAUCCAAGAGAAUGAGGAACAAUUACUGAUGCUGCACUCAGAGAUUAAAGAACUGAAAGAGAAAGAAGACGGCUUGAUGGCCAAGGUCAGACAGACAGAGAAAAAGCAGGAAGAGAUGCAGAUGGAAUUUCAACAACAUAAAGAGUAUGAAGAAAAAUUAAAAGUUGAAAACAGGCAACAUUUAGAGCAUAUAGAGACGUUAGACGAUGAGAUUGAAGAGCUGCAGGAAAGUCUGCAGGGCCUGGAAAGCACUGUCAAAGAAAAUGAGAAACAUCAGAAGCAGUUGGAGUCUGAGAUUGUUCAGAGACAAGAGCAUGUGGAGGAGCUUCAAUCUGAGAUUGAGAAGCUUGCCGAGGAGAACCGACAGUUUAUGAUUGAGUUUGAGAAACUUACAAAUUUAAAAAAGGAUAUGAGAACUUUGCAAAAUGAGAAAGAUACCCUGCAAGACGAGUUUGAGAAUUUGCAAGAACAGUAUGAAACAACACUGCGGGAGAACACAGACUCGAAAAAACAAAACAUUCAGUUAAUCUCUGAACUUGAAAAAGUGAUGAAUCAACAUGUUGUUGAUUGCACUGAGUUGAAAGAUGAAAAUGUUUAUCUUGAGGAAGAAUUGGACACGCUUAAAAAAGAGUUAGAAAAUGUGAAUGAAAUGAACACAAUGUCCAGGAUGGAAAUUGAAAAGUAUGAGGUUGAAGUGCAGGAACUAAGGACAGAAAACAAAGAUUUGAAAAAUCAAAACAAUCAAAUUUUGCAGCAAAAGGAAGAAAUGUUGAACAACCUGAAAGAAGAAUUGAAUGACACUGCAGAGGAGAAAAACAGGAUACAAAGUGAAUUUGAGGGCGUGAUGCAAGGUUACCAUGGCAAAGACAUAAGAGUCCAAGAACUGACGAUGAAACUAACGCAGCUGAUUGAAGAGAAGAACAACUUGCAUUUUCAAGUCAAGAACGGAAGUCGUGGACUCCAAGAGUCAGAAAAUCGUUUACUAGAUUUACAGACACGUUAUCAAGAGCUGGAACGUAAAUAUUAUGAAUUAGCAAACAGCCAUCUUACUGAGGACCAGGACACCAUGAAUAGUACUGCCUUUAUAACUCUACAAGACACGUCAAUGCUGUCACCAAGGAAACCAUCACCAGAACCUAGUGUGAUAGAAACGGCACAAAAUGAAAUUAUUGAACUCAACCAGAGACUUGAAGAAACAAAACUUACGCAGUCACAGUUUGUGGAAGAUAACGGCAAUUCUGAGACUGCAUCUAUAGAGGAAAGGGAGGGCCCAAACACUUUGAUGAACCGUUAGUUGAAAUGCCAGAGGAGAUUGAAUAUAAUGAGAGUAUACCUCGUGAUCUGCCGUCAGAAAAAACUCCAUAACAAUUGAACCCAGUGAUGACGUGGAUGCUUUGUUACCCACCAGGGCGACC